GAAUGCGGAUUAGCGUUUUUGAUUGGUCGGAUUAACCUGUACAACCCCCCAUCGAUACCGUACUCCGCAGUCUUGAUUCAGGGCGAAUGUGUGUGCACCUUGCGGUACGAAGGAAAACAAUGCGAGCAGGAGCGAUGCCUGAACGGAGGUCGACGACAUGCCGUCAAUGGGCAGGUCCGAUGCCACUGUCCAUUUGGCUUGACUGGUGAACGCUGUGAAAAGGUCACAUAUUGUGAGCCCGAAAAAGGCAAACUAGUCAAUGGUAAAUGUGAAUGUAAUGCGAAAUGGACAGGUCUGUUCUGCCAUAUGCGCACCUGCUACAAUGGUAUACCCACUGGCGGAAUGGAAGGUUUCUGUCUCUGCGAUAUCGGUUUCACUGGGCCAUUCUGCGAUGUACCACUUGUCUGCAAAAACGGAGGAAAAGUGAAUCAGGACAACGAGUGCUCCUGCUUACCCGGUUAUACAGGAGAAAGAUGCGAGCGAUGUGUUAUGGGAUACGUACAGGAAGGACAACGUUGUAUUCCCGAGGUUUCUGAAGCAUCGUUGGCUUCGCAGACGGGAUCGUUGUCGUCAAAGGCGUUUGCGUGGCCAUUUCUUUUGAUGGGAUCUGUUGCUGCUUUGUCUGUCGCCCUACUUAUCGCCAUUGGAACUGCAGCAGUACGUCGAUGGAACACAAAGACCUCUCGAGAAAGCAGUGUUCAUGGACAGCCCGACGCAACAGACGUCUAG